AUGUUUCCUUAUCCAGACGUUAUCCCUCAGAUUCAAAAACUUUAUUCAGUUUACGAGAAUCUUUGGAAUAUAGAUACCACAAACUACGAACUGGGACAGAAUCGAUUAAUUCUCCCUAUAGUUCCAGAACAAUUAUUAAAUGAUAUCUGCCGAGGAGUUAAUACCAUCGUAUUAAGCGAGCCUGUCGUUCUUAGGCUCAAUGAAAAAUGCAUAGUUAUUGGAGAUCUUCACGGUCAUAUUUUAGAUUUAUUCAGAGUUUUAAAGAAAUUCGGCCCACCUCCAAAAACAACAUAUAUUGUUCUCGGCGACAUUGUAGACAGAGGCGAUUUCAGCUUAGAGACUGUUACAGUCCUUUUCGUUUUAAAGGCUUUAUAUCCGCAAAAUAUUUAUAUAAUUCGCGGCAAUCACGAAUUCGCUGCCAUGUUCCAGUAUAACGGAUUUUCCAAACAGUUAGAUGAAAUGUAUGGCAAUCAUUUAGUUACCUAUGCUUUUGCUAACGCUUUUGCUUGUCUUCCUAUGGCUAUCCUUCUAUUUGACAAGAUUUUUUGCGUUCAUGGCGGCAUAGGUGAAGGAUUUACAUCGAUAUCGCAGCUUGAAAACAUUCAAAGACCAGUUGUAAACUACAUUAACGAUCCAGUAAUCAGUGCUGUAUGGAGUGAUCCUUCUUUAACUCUAGAAGAAGGUUUUGCACCUUCGUCACGCGGAAUCGGCUUUUUCUUUAGCGAAAAAGAGUUUAAUAAGUUCAUGGAUUCUCAAAACUUGAAUCUUUUCGUAAGAGGCCAUGAACCAUGCGAAACAGGAGUACAAUUUAUAUUCGGCGGGCGCUUUGUUACAGUUUUUGGAGCAAGCAAUUACUGUAAUGCGAUGAAUAACAAGUCCGGAGUGCUUCAUAUCCAAGAUGGAGAUAAAUGGUCGACGACAUUAUUUGGUCCUCUUAAAUAUAUCAACAGAAGUAAUGCAAUUUUCUCAGAAUGCGAUAAUAACGAAAAUUAUUCCAUUUCAUUAUCAUCAAAAGGCUUCAAAACUCAGAAAUCAUUACCAAUGCUUUCAAAGCCUACCAAAGUCCAACCAAGAAGAAAUUCCGAAGCAUCUCCUUUAUUGAAGAGAUCAAAUUCAGCUUCGAGGAACAGUUUAAGACUGGCAAGCCCACACAAGCUUUUCUCGUCUACUCCUGACCUUUCUUUCCAUGAUGAUACUUGUCAUUCUCCUUUAGUUUCGAUGACCGACUCUUUCAUCAUUUCGCCCAAUGGAAAGAGGAUAUCUCCUCUACAUAAGUGA